UCAUAAGAUACAUGCCAGCACUUUCUUCUCCUACCUGUCUAUUCUUCCCACGUUUCUUUUACAUCCAUUUCUGCUAAUUAUCAUUCAUCAUCUUCUUCAUCAAUCCUAAACCAUAAAUAUAUAUCAGCAUUCAUCAUCUUCUUCCUUCAAUCCAAGAUAUACAUAUAGCUUCAGUGUAUAUAUAGUUUUUGAGUAAGAGAAUGUUGGUGUUGUGGAUUGGAGCUUUGGUUCUUAUUGUAUACAUUACACAUUGGGUUUAUUACUGGAGGAAUCCUAGAUGUAAUGGCAAACUCCCACCAGGUUCUAUGGGUUUCCCACUUCUUGGGGAGACUCUUCAGUUCUUCAGCCCCAAUACUACUAAUGAUAUUCCUCCCUUUGUUAAAGAGAGAAUGAAAAGGUCAAUUUGCUUUUUCCUCAAUGAUAAUCUUCUUCUUCUUUUUUGUUCUUUUUCUAUUUUUUUGGUACUUGGUUGCAGGUAUGGGCCGGUAUUCAAAACGAGCAUAGUGGGGCGACCGGUGAUUGUAUCGGCUGACCCGGAUCUCAAUCACUUUGUGUUUCUACAAGAAGGGCAAUUGUUUCAGAGUUGGUAUCCGGAUACGUUCACCGAGAUCUUUGGACGCCAAAAUGUGGGUUCUUUACAUGGUUUUAUGUACAAGUACCUAAAGAAUAUGGUGCUUAAUCUAUUUGGUCCUGAAAGCCUUAAAAAGAUGCUGCCUGAAGUUGAGAGAACAGCUUGUAGAAGAUUACAACGAUGGUCAAACGAAGAAACAGUUGAAUUAAAAGAAGCAACUGCUAGUAUGAUAUUUGAUCUGACGGCCAAAAAGCUGAUAAGUUAUGACCAAGACAAUGCCACCCAGAAUCUGAGGGAGAAUUUUGUUGCUUUCAUACAAGGAUUAAUCUCCUUUCCUCUGGAUAUUCCUGGAACAGCAUAUCACAAAUGUUUACAGGGAAGGAAAAAUGCAAUGAAAAUGCUAAAGAACCUGCUAAAUGAAAGACGGGCAAUGCAAGGGAAGAGCCGAAAUGACUUUUUUGAUUUUGUCCUUGAAGAACUUCAGAAAGAGGGAACAAUUCUAACAGAGGCAAUUGCUCUGGAUUUGAUGUUCGUUCUACUAUUUGCUAGCUUUGAAACAACUUCCCUGGCUCUAACUUUAGCAAUUAAAUUCCUUUCUGACGACCCUUCAGUGCUGAAAAAACUAAGGGAAGAGCAUGAAGCAAUUCUACGAAACAGGGAAGACACAGACUCUGGACUUACAUGGAAAGAAUAUAAAUCAAUGACAUAUACAUUCCAGUUCAUCAAUGAAACAGUUAGACUAGCAAAUAUAGUGCCGGGAAUCUUCAGGAAAGCACUAAGAGAAAUCCAAUUCAAAGGAUAUACCAUUCCAGCUGGUUGGGCAGUAAUGGUGUGUCCCCCAGCUGUGCACCUGAAUCCAGCAAAAUACCAAGAUCCCUUGACCUUUAAUCCAUCAAGAUGGGAGGGAGUGGAAAUAAAUGGAGCCACAAAGAGUUUCAUGGCAUUCGGUGGUGGCCUGAGAUUUUGCGUUGGAACAGACUUCACUAAAGUGCAAAUGGCUGUGUUUCUCCAUUGUUUGGUGACUAAGUACAGGUGGGAACCAAUCAAAGGUGGAAAUGUAUUUCGAUCUCCAGGUUUACAGUUUCCGGAUGGCUUUCACAUACGGCUCAUGGAGAAAACUAGAACGGCGUAACUUUUACAGAAACAGCAAACAAUAUCAAUCCAAGUCAGGCUAUAUGGCUAAGAAGCAAAACACAAAAAUGUUCCAACUUUGCAUCUUACCAAUCAGCGUUGCUACUAUUCUUUUUUUUUUUUCUUGGACUGCAGAAGAGGAUAACAACUUGUUAGUAAAUCUUCAUAUUGUAGACAAAUUUAGAAAAUAGAGAAUGUAUUCUGUCACUGCUCCAACCAAGAUUAAAUCAUAGUUUCACCAAUGGUCGUAUAUAAAUUUUGUAAUCUCAUCAUAUAUUUGAGAAAAAUGGAAAAAGAAAAGAAAAGAAAUAUGAUAUAACGAGUCAUAUUUUUCACUGCUUUUCCUGUUUUUUUUUUC